UUCCUAAAAAUCAUUGUUAUUGUUUUUUUUCUUUAGAGUUACAAUGUAACAGAAGAAGUGAAAUACAAAAUGUUACAAUUGACAACGGAAGUAUUGUCCAGUCAAUACACAAGCAUGUCAUCAGAAAACAUCACCACCUGGUUUGAGUAUAGGCUGUCUACUGUGAUAACUCAGAUUGACACUGAAAUUCUAAAUGGAUUCUCAAUACAAGUUGGAUGUGGCUCUUCUAAAGCUUUUGUGCAAGCGCUGAGCGUCGCUUACGGCCGGACUGGUGACUCCAACAGGCAGGACGUCUUGGAUUACUUGCUCAAUUCCCUGGAUAAUGGCACAAAAUGCACAGACACUGAAGCCACCUCCUUGAGCUUUAUAGAGUCCUCUUUUGGCAACUACUUCAGCCUGGUAUCUUAUGAAGAAAUUAUUUCCUACUAUUCUGAAUUUGAUGCAUUUGAAAGUGGAGUACUUCAAUUGAUGACCACUACUCAGAUUGGAGACUUGUUUGUGACAGCAAAUGUUUAUGAAAGUAUAGAGAAGACAACCACACUGUUUGUGUACCUGAGAAACCUUUCUGUUGAGAAUGUUAAUAUCUUUAUGACCCAGUUUACGGAAAUAGCAAUUAAGAAAAAUAUUUCAAUUACAAAUGAAGUGGGACAAUUCAUUCUGCAAAGUUAUUUGACGAUCAUAAAAACACAUGUUCAAAGUGCCAGCCGUGAAUAUCUAGUACAAUUAUUCACAUACCGACUCACUAUACUGAUCCGCUUCUUUACAACAGAAACUCUACUUAUCUUUGCCAUAAAGGACUGCGAUACCCUCGUCCUUGUUGUGUUAUAUCUGGACCAAGGAAUUAAUGGCAUGUCUCUUGCUACCAAGAAUAAUAUUGCUGCAUGGAUUAUUGGCAUUCUCAGAAGCUUAGGUCAAAAUGGUAAAUGUUCCAAAUAUGCAUAG